GCGCAUGCUCCGUGCACUCUGGUUAAAGCAGCGCCUGAGUGGACAGUCAGUGUGAGGAGAGAGACUCGGGGUGGAUCCGUGAGAGAGAAGCCGUCCUCUCUGCUACAUCCGCGACUGUACCACAAUGUCCAAACCGAAGUUUCAGACGGAAUGGGAGGAAAUUGACGAGGAAUACCAACAAUUACAGGUGACAGAGCACACUGACACGAGGACAUCAUGUGUAGUUGACUGUUUAGGAUGACACUGACAGACUGUGAGACUCUCUGUAGCGGCUACCUUCAUUUGGAUGGCUCUUUCUUAUUCGUCAUUCAUUCUCUGCCCCGGCUGUAAACGCAGAUUUGGGCCGUUUUAGUGCUCUGCUGGUAGCGGUAUCCGAGGGAUGGGAUAACCCCUUUGUGAAGGUUUAGCAUCUUGAACUGAACUUUAACAUCCUUGUGUUACAGGAGCUAACGUUAGCAGCAGGUUGCUCGUCUGCUGCUGCUGGUGCGGCUAAUGAGCAGCUACAUUAACUUGGUGAACAACACAGAGUACUACUGCGGUGUCAAUAUUGCUUAAAAGAGACUCUUCAGAAAACUUAAUGUGUUUUUGCGACUAUUGUACCCCCUUUAUACUCAUUUAAUGGUGAGAGAAUACAUCAUUUCAAAAGUAGCAGACGUCUGCUAGCAGGCUAACUUGAAUCAGCAGUGAACUAUGAGUAGUGGGUAUCAUUAAAGUCUACAGCUCACUCUAAAGUACAAAAUAUCAUGACCUGGUCAAUGUGGUGUUUUGGCCUGACUGCCACUGUACUCAUGCAACUGAGACGUGGAGCAAUGAUGCAACCAAAAUACACAAUCUAGAGCUGCUCCAUGGGGAGGAUGAUAAAUGUGACAACCAGCUUUUCUCCAAUGAAGCUCAGAUUUGUCACCUGCAAAGAAAUAGACACUCAAGUCUCUUCCCUCCAGGUCAGAUAUUUUCCAGAUCUACUCAGUGAGGCAGUGGUUUGCCCUGAAGUCAAUUUCUGUCAUAUUUGAAACAGGUUGUAAUGGAAACUAAAGAAACUAUAACGUGAAUCACAGAAAAAUAUGAAACACGCUUGUAAACUUUAUUGUCCUCACUGGCAGUGUGGAGUUCUGAGCAGUUAAUAACCUAGUUCAGUGGUUCUCAACUGGUGGGUCCCGACCCAAAAGAUGGUCGCGGACACGUUCUGGAUGGGUCACAAACAGCUGGUCAAAAAAGUAAAUAUUUAAUGCAAUAUUUAAUAGAUAUUUGAUAUUUUCUGUAUAAGCAACUUCAGUAAUUGCCAUCCUCAUGUUGUCCCCUUCAUGUGCUCUGAAAUGCACUUUACUCAAUAAAACAAGUGGGUUUAUGUUAAAGAUUAGAGUCUUCAAAGGUUUUUUUCACAGCAAGAAGGUCCUGGGUUCGAAUCCAGCUCAGGGUGUUUCUGUGUGGAGUUUGCAUGUUCUCCCUGUGUCUGCGUGGGUUUACUCUGGGUACUCCGGUUUCCUCCCACAUCCCAAAAACAUGCCUAAGUUGGGUUAGGUUAAUUAGCCACUUUCAAAUUGCCCGUAGGUGUGAAUGUGAGCGUGGAUGGUUGUUUGUCUCUAUAUGUCAGCCCUGCGAUGAACUGGCGACUUGUCCAGGGUGUCCCCUGCCUUCACCCGAAGAUGCUGGGAUAGGCUCCAGCCCCCCCACGACCCCGGUAACGGGAAUAAGCGGUAGAAAAUGGAUGGAUGGAUGGAUGGAAAUUUGCUUGGUUUGAAUUCUAUAAAAGUGGGUCGCCACUUAAGGACCAUGGGAAAAUGUGGGUCCCAGAGUGAGACCAGUUGAGAACCACUGACUUCGUUCACAGACUACCUUCAAACACGUCCCAGGAUCCAGCUUGGAGGUGUGAGUUUGAGCCAGUGUUUUCAUAUUAGUCAUGGGAUUUUGACUGAGAUCAAGCUCACUUUUUACACUGUCACACACUCUAGUAUGGGCCACCAUGUGCUGAGAGAAUCAUUGACUGAGAUUCUUGCACACUCAGCUGGGGAAAGCACAUAAUGACAACAUUUUUCACUCUCCCCAAACAUUGUUAUGAAACUAGUUUCCUUAUCAGACAUCUUUUAUCUCUGAUUGGCCUGUAUCAGUUUGAUAACAUCAGUCAUUGUCCUGCAGGAAUAUCACUCUGGUAGAUUUUUUUAUUUGUGAAUCCUGAGCAUCAUAGGUAGGCUUUUUAUGGUUGUUGGAGUCAUACCUAAGGGGGCUCAGAAUGAGUCUCAUACUUCAACCAAAGGUUUACCUCUGCUGACUUUGCAACCCCCCACCCCCACACACAGGCAGCACAGUCUUAUGAGCCAGUGGGAGAUGGAGUGAAGACAGUGCUGCUUAAUGCUUUUAUCUGGUGUACCAACAUAGAUGGAUAUGUACUGGAAUAGCUCACCCCAUAAUUCAGUUUCAUGGCCUGUUUGUGUUCUGACUUACGGGUCAAACCUGAUUUCACAGAUUGAAGUAUCUCCAGCUCAGCUGAAUAGAGACCCUGUCUGCCUUUCACUGCCUCCCAUUGAGGUUUUGUUAAGCUUGGCAGAGAUUUGGUUGAGAUAACGAAACAUUUUCUGUCUUUCAGAGAAGUGUUUUCCCUGGAAUAUGACAAAUUUGAUUGAUCUUUUUUUCCGUAUGAGAUGUAAUCACCCAUUUGCAGAGCUUUUUAAUUCUACUUUGAAGUGUUUGGCCCUGCAUUUCUCUCAAUUUGUAAAAAGACACCUCCAAGCAUUACUGAGAUCCCUUCUCUAAUCUCAUGCAUACUUUGUAUGUUUUGUGUUUUUUGGUCUCUAGGAAACCCACAAAAUAUACAGACAAAAACUUGAAGAGCUCACCAAUCUUCAGGCAACGUGCAGCAGCUCCAUCAGCAAACAGAGAAAAUGCCUCAAGGACCUACGGUUUAGUUUGACCAAGUAAGUGUUCCCUGAUUUGGGACUCCAUGCUUCUUUUGCUAAGAGUUCACUAAGGGGCUUUUUGCAGCAUAGACUGAAGGAAAAUACUCCUUGUAAUUUGACUAAACGGAGGACUUUAUGGACUUCUACAAAAAAACAAAACAAUUGUUUCCAUUUUUUAUGCUGUCAAAUUACAGUUAUUCCAUCUGUUGCUUUGUUGCUUUUGGUUAAAUCUUUGUAAAUGUACAACCUUUACAAACAUUUCUUGUCAUUUGCAGUUACCUCUUAUAAUUAGGUUUCCCAUAAGUCAUUCUGUUCUUCUACACAGAUGUGCACAAACAUGUGAUGAGAAAAACCUGGAGCUUCUAACAGACAUCAGAAAUCAAAUCAAGGAAAAGGAAAAUGUCUUCUUUGACAUGGAAGCAUAUUUACCAAAGAAAAAUGGGUCAGUGCUUAUGCAGUUGGUGAUUCAUCGUAUAUUACGGGCAAUUUUUUGUUUCUCAAUUUCUCAGAUGUGAUUUGUGUGUGUUUUAGGCUCUACCUGAAUUUGGUCCUGGGUAAUGUGAACGUAACUCUUCUUAGCAACCAGGCAAAGUAAGUUAAGUGUUCAGGCUUAAGUACAGCAUGAAGAUGUGUGUGUAACCCCUGUAUGUACAUUCAUUUUGUCUCUUAUUUCCCUCAUAGAUUUGCCUACAAAGAUGAGUAUGAGAAGUUUAAGCUUUAUAUGACAAUAAUCCUAAUGUUCGGAGCGAUAACCUGCCUCUUCUUUCUCAACUGUCGGUGAGAUCAUUUAUACUUCCUCAGCCCUUAUUAUUAUCAUUAUUAUUAUUAUUUAAAAAGUUGACUCACUGUUUUGUUUUCUCUUUUUGUCAAGAGUCACUGAUGAAAUUUUCAACUUUUUGCUGGUAUGGUACUACUGCACUCUGACGAUAAGAGAGAGCAUCCUCAUGAGUAACGGCUCCAGGUGUGUAAUCUUUUUAUACUGGGAUAAGAUUCCCCGACUGAAACGAUUUGUGUUUGUCGAAUGACGUCUUAAUCCUAACAUCUCUUAUGCGUCACAGGAUCAAAGGUUGGUGGGUGUCUCAUCAUUACGUAUCCACUUUUCUGUCAGGCGUGAUGCUCACCUGGUGAGUUUAUGUCUUUAAGUUCCAUAUGUAUAGUUCAAGUACAAACAUGCAUAGUUUGGCAACAGUUUUUGCUUAACCUUGUGUAUUUUUCCCAGGCCAGAGGGGCCCAUGUAUCAGAUGUUCAGAAGCCAGUUCCUCGCCUUUUCCAUUUAUCAAAGUAAGAAAUCAAUCUUUCCUCAAGAGUCAAAGAAGAGUGUGCAUUUGUGUAUUUAAUACAUUUAGUGUCUUACUGAGUGUGAAGUGGAAAAUAGUGCUUUUUUGUGUGAAAACAAGAAGAUUAUUUUGUUGAUAUAGUCAGAGUCGAGUAUGAAUCUGCACAGAAUAAGAUCUACGUCUGUUUGAUAGGAAUAUGAAAAUGUAUUUUCACACUUAUACCAACCCAUGUUUCAAUAUCAAAUAGCACUGUUGACUUUUUUCUUGGUAUUUGUCUUCACAAAGUUACAAAGAACUUGACAAAAAUACAGAAAGGAAAAAAGAAAACAGUGCAAAAACCCAGAUGAAAAAAGUGCACGAGGCAAAAAAGCAGAAAAAGAAACAGAAAAUUUCAGAACUGCCCCAUAAACGAAAGGUUUAAAGAGGAGAUUUAAAAGAAGGUGAGGACGUUGACUGUCUCAGAGUGAUUAGUAGAGGGAUCCACAGUCUUGGGGCUCCAUCUACAAAUUAGAAAAAAACACCGAAGCUGAAUAAAAUGAUCUUAGUAAACAUCCAGGCAUAUAAAAAGUACCUUUUGUUUUUGUUUUUUGACUUACUUUUUUGCAUUUCUGGGUUAAGAAUAAGAAGAACUUUAUUCAUCCCCAAAGGGAGAUUCAAUAUUAUUAUUAUUUAUUUUAUUUUUUUAUUAUUAUUAUUAAUGUUACUGUGAAACAUUUUAGACAUCAAAGCAUGCAGCCAGUCCAAUUACUAACAAGCAACAAACACUUCAGUAACAUGAUCAGAAAAUAAAGGAUGAUGAUUGAUUAUUGAUGUGUAUAUGUAUCUGUGUAUUCUCCACUUUUCAUGUUCUCACGCCAGAAAAGGGAAGUGAUGUCUAUUCAUGUGUUACUGGUUAAGGUCAUACUGCAUCACAUGUUGACUUGUGGCAGAACAGAUGAUAUUAUGGGGCUGUGAGGUUAAGUUUUAGGUCAAAUGUUAAAACAUAAAAAUGAUCACUUGUUUUAAAGACCCAAAGACAUCAGCCUUAUCUAAGACAGUGUGGAUCUACUGCAGUUUGAUUUUGACCCUGUUUCAAUAGUAUCAACCCACAUAACAGCCCUCAGUCAUCUGAAUCUAACUGAUCUGUUCUGCUUGUUGUCGACGGCGCAGUUAUCUGUCUGUCUUUGUCUCUCAGGCUUCGUUCAGUUCCUGCAGUAUUACUACCAGAGCGGCUGCUUAUACAGGCUGCGAGCUCUAGGAGAGAGAAAUCAGCUGGACCUCACUGUGGGUGAGUUGUAAGCUAUUUUUGGUGCGAGUCAUUUCAAUCGUUUGAACUCUUGAGCCAUCUGCAAAGCCACGUCUGUGGAUAAAUAGGGGAAAGGUUGCUUACACCAGUGUGCUGCUGCACAGAUGUUUGGACUAGUUCAAGUAUGGCUUCAGCUGAAUUUACCUCUUACACAUCUUUGCUAUCAGACUGUUGCGCAGAGUCAUUUGUGUAGUCGUGUUGUAGCUUGUCCCAAGGUCGCUGUUUUGUGUCUCUGCAGAGGGAUUUCAGUCGUGGAUGUGGAGGGGCCUCACCUUUCUAUUGCCAUUUCUAUUUUUUGGCCAUGUGAGUGUUGUGUUUAUUUAUUCUUUAACACCAAUCUACAGCUUUAUUAAUUUAUCCAAAACAAUUUAAAAUCUUAAAAAAUAUUGUCUAAAUCCUGCAAGCUCCUGGUGCAGUUUCACUACUCAUAUCAGGCCUAAUGACAGUUUCAAACAGACUGUAUCAGCUGAGGAGGAAAAUAUGUGCUAAUUUUGCGCGUGUGGCUACAUUGAGUAAAGCUAAUGAGUCCUCUUCCUCCCCAGUUUUGGCAGCUGUACAACUCAGUGACCCUGUUUCGCUUGGCAGGACAUGAAGACUGUAAGGAGUGGCAGGUAAGUAUCGCAUUGGCAGAUCCAUUGCGUCUUACAUUCUUUGCCCCUCUAUUCAGGACAGAUGGCUAUCCAUUAAUGAGUCGGGUUCUGCUCAGACGUUCUGUCUAUUAUGAGAAGGUUCUCCAGCUGACAUAGUCCCUGAAAUGUAUAAAAUUUGCUGUGCAUUAUAGCUACAAACAUGGGAAUCAAGCUGUAUGCUUCAUUAGGGCCUGUGACCACUGACAGCUUUUUUUAAUCUACUUGCAGUGUUUAUUUUCCAUAUAAAACUAGUUCAGUUCAGCUGUUUCAGCUCUCAGUGUCUUCAGCGCAAAGAUGUCCUGAGUAACAGCUGUCUGUGUACAUUGUCAAAAAAGGUCCAGUUUUUGGAACACUAAGGGUUAAUGUCACUUCUCCCUAACUAACCAAUCAAAGUCAAGAAGGGGGGGACCUUGGUCAUCAGCUUUAUCAACAACAGUGUCAGAGAAGGCUUAUUUCAUUACAGUUCAGGAGUUGCUGUUAACGUUGGGACACAAUUCAAAUCUAAUGUUUUUAUUGGUUCCUUGAAAAUUUUCAUUGAAUAUUGACAAAUAUCCACAGAUGAGAUGCUUUAUUAUAUACAAAAGGUCAGAGGGAAGGUAAAGUGCAGUGACACUACUUUCCUACUCUCACAACAAAGCAACAGCAAGAGCUGAUGAGCAGCGCUUUAAAAUUUAGGUCAGUGGCACUGCCAGCAUAAAAACUGCUAGUGGUGGACACAGGCCCUUAUUGUAGAUUUCAAUUUCAAAUCAUAGUUUAAAGUCGAAUAGUUAUUUUUUCCUUUUCAAACAACAUUAAUGGACGUCUUUUAGUUUGUUCCUAUCACCCUCUUACUCUUCAUGCCUCUGUUUUGCUACCCUGUGGUUAUUGUUCUUAACCUACGGUAACCUGACAUGAAAACAGUGUUGGUUUAUAAAUUAGAUGUGGAAUGAUAGACAGAGUAAAAACGUUUGAUAGAAACAAAUUAAAGUCUUCUCAGAAUAAGAUCCCCUUUUUUCCAUUUUCUUCAGGUAUUCAUGCUGGCGCUGACCUUUCUUGUUCUAUUCCUGGGAAAUUUCCUCACCACAUUAAAAGUCGUCCGUCAAAAGAUUCAGAAAAACCAGGACAAAGUACAAAAAAAGGACUGAGAAACAAAGCUCAGCGGCACACGUCAGAUUUUGCAACUGGCCAGUAAUUUUCAAGCAACACGCACAAUCGCUUCACAGACUGACCACAGUAUGAUCAGGCCAGGAGAAGACAAAGAGAGAAACGCUCUUCCUCUCAGGCUUUGAUGACCGCAGCAGUAGCGUCCAGCCAAAGUAUCCUGCCAGCAGGCUUUUUUGUCUCUGAUGACCUGUUGUCGAUGUUGCUGCACAGUCGGUCACUACACACAGUGGCGCUCACGUGCUAGAUGAACAGUUUGUUGCUUCCUCUUGUACAUAGUGGAGAGAAUGUGUUUUAUUCGGGGCGUUUGUGUCAGUGCAUGAAUCUGUCUGAGAGUGGUUGUUUGAAUAGAGGACAGGUAGCAUCGGGUAACAGACCAGAACUUAGUUUGCCUUUGAAGACCUAAAGUCUGUUGUGUACAUACUUCAUACUUCUGUGAAGUAGUGAUGGUCAGACUGUCUCUGGCUUGAUCAAAGCUGAUCAACUUGGCACUGCACUAACACAACUUUUUAUUGGUAGAUCUCAAUUUCCUGUUGUGUCACUUCACUGCUAACCAGUAUUUUUGUCCAAAACAUCAGAAACAUAAAUCUGCCACUUGACCUCUUCUGUCUGGAGCCCUGAUUUUUAUUGUUUAUUAAUUCCUUGAACAAGUAGGGACUAGAAGGGAAUUCACCGCAGACUAUCCAUUCAGACGAGGGUUAUCAAAGCCAUAACCAUUUUUAUAGUUUGAUAUCAACUCUCCAUAAAUCUGGUAUAAAAGGAGGUCCUCCUUUUUAUUUCUUUAACACUCAUAGGUCUGUCACGUUUCAUGGUCAAGACUGCAAAACCAGGAUAUGAGGCGUUCAAAGUCUAGUUGUAGAGUUCAGAUUAGAGAUCAACACAACAUGCUGGUAGUUUCUUGCUUAUUUACACGAUGUUGCAGAGAUGAUCAAAUGCUGCUACUGGUUCUGGUACUAUAGGAUACAAAAUUAUGAGAAAAGGUGCUGAAUUUAGUCUUUCUAAUUCCAAUCAACCCAGUAAAUAAUUAUUAGUAUUGAUUAACUCUAUGCCAGAUAUUAAACUCUUGCUCUAGUUCAUUGUAAAAUUGAUCGGUAACAUGUAACAAAAUGUUUUUCAGUUAAUUUGAUUAAUAUUUAGAGAUGUUAGAACACACAGCAGCUUGUUUGUCAGGCCUCUAAUGCCUUAUGGGGAAAAAAGUCCUUCCUUUAAAGCUCCUGUGAGGAACUUUUGGUCUGUGUCCAUUUUGACAGCACCUGUGGACCAAGAUCUACAUCACCUGCCCACUUAACGCUGUUACAGUCUGAAUCAUUUCAGUCCUGUUUGCUUUCAUAGGUCAUAAAGAAAUAUCACAUUAAUUUCAAUCUGUUCAAUUGAAAAACUUUUACAGUGGCUUUAUAAAACAAUAGUCAGUAACAUUACAUUCAUUUAUAUCAGAUCCUACAAAGCAAUCAUGCUGAAGAAAAUACCAGUAAUACUGAGAGGGGGGUAGACAUGUUUAGCCACAAAUGUAUGGAAAUGUUACAUUAGAUACCAGAACUGCCAGGAUGCUUGAAACAUGUUUUUGUUUUGUUUUGUUUUAAUUUUAUUUUGGCACAUGUUUAUGAUGUAGCGUAUGUUUGAAUAAAAAAUGUUUCCAAUGAUCAAUUCAACUCUGUAACUGGUGCCUGAGUCUGAUCCCUAACCUGAGACGGUUGACUCUUUCUCAAUCUGUGUACAUUGUUGUAAACAAAAUGAUUAAUAAUUAAACACUAAAUGAAAAACAAGUUUUCCUUUUUUGUUGUUAUUGUUGUACGCUGAUGCAGAAUUCUAAAAUCAGUACUGUACCUUUGAUUCUUUGAGUACAAAAAACAGCUCAAGAGAUUUGAUUGUGCAGCAGUUGUCUGAUCGUUUUCCUAACACUAGUGGGCACUGUUGGUAAAGGAAAAAAAUGACCACUUCAGCUCUUUUCCUAACUCAGUGAUACACUGGGGAUGAAUUAACCAUUCACUAUCGUUCAUCAAGGCUGUUUUUCCAAGACUUUUAAAGCUACAGUAGCAUUUUAUUGUAUAUUGCUUGAUCUUUCAAGAAGAUGCAUUUCAAAUAUAAAAAAUAUAAAAGUAACAGUAAAAAAAACUCCAUAUGAAAUACUAAUACAAUAUUUUUUACAUACCGUAAAACAAUUUCUAAAGUCAUUUUAAGUUAAAUGAAACUUCAGCCAUUCUCGAAACUGUCAUAAAGAAGCAUCAUUAUCAAGAGAAGCAGCCUCUUCAUAAAUGUUUUCCAGGGCCCUGAUGUAGCAGGGCUUAAAAGUGCUUUCUGGACCACACAGCUGUUUCCAGAUCAGUCCAUAACACCUAGACUCCUUUUGUUUCUGAAUGCCCACCUAUGCCCCACUUGGUUCUUGGGCCCUUGUUCUUUUUCACCUCACAAAAUGACACAUUUCUUUUUCUUUUUGUGGUUUCUCUGUUUUCGAUUGAAGGCCAGAGUCAUUUUGGUGGCCUCUCUGAAAAUGUCGUCCACGUUCUCCUGAUACUUUGCCGAACACUCCAGGUAGAGCUCCGCAUUCAUCUGCUGUCUGGUCUCC